AGCAAGCUCUCUACAUUCUUAAUUUAGUGUAUGUAGUGCGAAUGGGGCAAGAGUCGUCUACAUACAUGAUGGCUUCCAAAAUUAGAACCUGUGUCUAUACUUGUCCCUCAACAACCAUUGACAACGACAGACGUGAAGCCAAUGUUUCUGAUCCCAUACGCUUUCCUAUCAACAAACCCUUUCUCUUCAAACUCUCUUGAUUCGAUCCAUUGAAAGGACUAUGACCCUUACUUCACUUUAAAUGAUGAACCUUUCCUUUUAAAAUAAUCCUGAGCAGAUCUACCGAAGUAUAACAAAGGGGU